AUGGAACCUUCUCCAGCAGAAACUCAACUAAAUGGACGUAUGUUGUGGAUAAUUCUUUUAAGCACAAUUGCUCUUGCAUGGACUACGCCAAUUCCCUUGAUUGAGGAUUCAGAAGAAAUAGACGAGCCUUGCUUUGAUCCUUGUUACUGUGAAGUGAAGGAAAGCCUUUUCCACAUUUAUUGUGACAAUAAAGGAUUUACAAAUAUUAGUCAGAUUUCCGAGUCUUGGUCUCGACCAUUUAAACUGUAUCUUCAGAGAAAUUCUAUGAGAAAACUGUACACAAACAGCUUCCUUCACUUGAACAAUGCUAUGUCGAUUAAUCUCGGGAACAAUGCAUUGCAGGACAUUCAAGCUGGAGCUUUUAAUGGGUUGAAAGUUCUGAAGAGGCUAUACUUGCAUGAAAACAAACUAGAUAUUUUUAGAAAUGACACUUUUAUGGGACUGGAAAGCUUGGAGUAUCUACAAGCAGACUAUAAUGUAAUUAAGAGGAUCGAAAGUGGGGCCUUCAGAAAUUUAAAUAAACUGAGAGUGCUGAUUCUCAAUGAUAACCAUAUUCCUUUGCUUCCAACAAAUUUAUUUAAGUCUGUGUCUUUAACACACUUGGACUUGCGUGGAAAUCGUUUAAAGAUCCUUUCUUACAGAGGGAUGUUGGAUCACAUAGGAAGAAGUAUAAUGGAGAUACAGUUAGCUGAGAAUCCUUGGAACUGUACCUGUGAGAUUGUGCAGUUGAAAACGUGGCUUGAACGUAUUCCUUAUACUGUUCUGGUUGGGGAUAUUUUAUGUGAAAGUCCCUUUCACUUUCAUGGCAAGGAUUUGAGGGAUAUAAAGCGAAGUAAACUUUGCCCCUUGUUGUCUGAAAGUGAGGUUGAAGCAAGCUUGGGGAUUCCCCAGUUACCAUCGAGCAAAGAAAAUACGUGGCCUACUAAACCUUCCUCUAUGUUAUCAUCUUUUCAUGUAACUGCUUCUUCUGUGGAGUACAAGACAUCAAAUAAGCAACCCACCACCACCAAGCAACCUAGGCCUCCGAAGCCUCCACCGACACCCAGAGGCCUUUAUCCAGGUCCAAACCAACCACCAAUUGCUGGGUACCAGACUAGACCACCUAUUCCAAUCAUCUGCCCGACUGGAUGUUCAUGCAGUUUGCAUAUCAAUGAUCUGGGAUUGACUGUAAACUGUAAGGAGAAAGGUUUUCAUAAUAUAUCAGAACUUCUGCCUAGACCGCUCAAUGCUAAAAAACUUUACUUGAGUGGUAACUUAAUACAAAAAAUCUACCGGUCUGAUUUUUGGAAUUUUUCUUCACUGGAUCUAUUACACCUUGGAAAUAACAGAAUUUCUUAUGUUCAAGAGGGAGCCUUUAUUAAUCUCCCAAAUUUAAAGAGCUUGUAUUUAAAUGGAAAUGACAUUGAAAGGCUGACACCUGGCAUGUUCAGGGGUUUACAGAGUUUGAAUUAUUUAUAUUUUGAGUAUAACAUGAUAAGGGAAAUCCAGCCUGCUGCUUUCAGCCUGAUGCCAAAUCUAAAGUUGCUGUUUCUCAAUGACAAUCUGUUGAGAACACUCCCAACUGAUGCUUUUGCAGGCACAUCACUAGCAAGGCUGAAUCUCAGAAACAACCACUUUCUAUACCUUCCUGUUGCAGGAGUCCUGGAGCACCUUAAUGCAAUUGUGCAGAUUGACCUUAAACAGAAUCCAUGGGAUUGCACCUGUGACAUUGUCCCUCUAAAGCAGUGGAUAGACACCAUCAGCUCUGUCAUUGUGGUUGGAGAGGUAUUGUGCACAAGCCCUGAGAACCUGACAAACAAGGAUCUAAAAUCCAUUGAAAUGGAAAUUUUGUGUCCAGAGAUGCUACAUGCUACUUCACCAUCUUUGCCUGGAAAGAUGGUGCCCACAAGCUCCUCUGUGUUUGAGCUUACCACAUCUGGAGGUGCCAUUCCACUAUCUGUCCUCAUCCUCAGUCUCCUAAUCUUGUUUUUCUCAGCUGUUUUUGUGGCUGCUGGCCUCUUUGCUUUCGUGCUGAGAAGGCGCAAGAAGCUGCCUUUCAGAAAGAGACAAGAGGUAGAUUUGACGGGCAUUCAAAUGCAAUGUAGAAUCUUUGAGGACAGACCAAACAACUCCCCAGAGAAAGCUCCUGGGCAUGUCUAUGAUUACAUUCCUCAUCCUGUAACCCAGAUGUGCAACAAUCCCAUCUACAAACCCAGGGAGGAAGAAAUGGGAGAGGAAUUUUCAGAAACAAAGGAAAACAACACAAAUUAUAGGACCUUAAUAGAAAAAGAAAAAGAGUGGACCAUGGCAGUGUCAAACUCCCAGCUAAACACUAUAGUUACUGUCAAUCAGAGUGGGGAAGUACCAAGUUUUCAUGAAAAUGGGGUCAUCUUUCCUGGAGUAAUUGACCGAGAACGGCCAGCACCGACGGUGGGCUUUGUGGACUGCAUUUAUGGCACAGUACCCAAAUUAAAGGAACUGCACGUCCACCCACCUGGCAUGCAAUACCCUGAUUUACAGCAGGAUGCCAGAUUAAAAGAAACCUUACUUUUCUCAGCUGGGAAGGGGUUUUCAGACCAAACUCAAAGUGAAUACCUCGAGUUAAGGGCCAAACUCCAAACCAAGCCGGAUUACCUCGAAGUCCUGGAAAAAAACACAUAUAGAUUCUAA